AUUAGAUUUAGGAAGCGAUCGAAUAUUAUGUUGUCAGUGAUCACCCUCAAAAGAAGGAGGAUUAAGAAGGCGGAUCUGAAAAGUCAGGGAGGGGAAAGGCAGAGCUCUCUUCCCAAUCCCCUCAAUGCAUAGUCACUCCCAUCUCCCUGCCCUGCUUCUAUCAUAUGCACGGUGAGAGGGUGCAGAUCGUAGAAGGCAGGGAGCAGCAGACGGUGAAUGAUGAUGAUGGUGUCUGAAUCCCCGGGAAGUGUUGGCAGUAGGAAGAAGAUAGGUCUAUCUUUGUUGGAAGAGGCUCGAUCCCGCUACGAGAGCCUCCAGAUCUCUGAUGACCUAUUCGGGGAGUCAGGAGAAGACAGCAGCGGUAACCCGUUUUAUAGUACCUCUCCAGACUCCAGAUCUUCAAGCAAAGGCGGUUCCUCUGAGGAUGAUGAUGAUGGGGGUUGUAGAGAGGACCAACCUAGCUUCAUGGAAGGUGAUGUAGAUACCUACUUAACAUCCAGGCCAGAGGCAUCUGAUUUAAAAUUAGGAAAACACAACAAACCUCCAGGAAGAAGCAGAUCAAAGAGGAAGGGGAAAGCUGAAGAUGUAGUGUCACCUGCUGCCAAUGCUAAAGAUAUCCCACAGGAUGAAGGUGAAAGGGGUGAGGUGCCUAGCCAGAAGGCACAAGCAAGGCUUGGAGAAGACCUGAAGGAGGAGGAGGGAUGGUCACACACCCUUCAAGAUGUAUCCUCCCCUAGCUUCAAGGAGACAAGCGGUUCUCAGGAAACCCCAGCUAAAAAGGAUUAUACCUACAGCUCAUGGUACAUUAGCAUGAUCAAUUAG